CUCAUCAUCAGGGAGGGUGUGGUCUACAUAGCGCGUCACGCAGCUAUAUCGUAUACCUACCGGAUACAGUCAUAUUUAUAUCAAGACACGCAUGACACUUAAAACACUGGGUAUAAUGUCCCUUAUCGCUCGAACUGCGACAAACACACGGCUUCUAUAAAAGGCGAUGCGUGGAGUGAAGUAGACUUAACGUAAUUUGAUUUUCGCGAGUUGAGGACCGCUGGCGAUAUAUUCGUGAUUUAUACCCCAUAGCGUAAACGGUGAAUAUUCGGCGUUACGCCUGCAGCAUCAACAAAUUAUCGUUGAAAUCCCACGGGAUAUUAUAAUAACACGUAAUAAAUCGUACCGACGAGAUGCGCGGCACUGCUCGGCACCAGACUGUCGCAUUGUCGUGGCUGAUAAUACUGCACCUCGUAAGAGGGAUUUUCGGGCAUGGUAUGCUUGUUGAUCCUGUGAAUAGGAGUAGCAUGUGGCGAAAGGGAUACUCGACUCCGAUAAACUACAAUGACAACGAAAACUUUUGCGGAGGAUACGCGAAACAAUGGAGCGAGAACAGCGGUCAAUGCGGGAUAUGCGGAGACGAUUAUGCACUGAAGCAGCCGCGACCGAACGAAAAUACAGGGACUUAUGGAAAUGGAAUUAUUGUUGCCACCUACGAGCAAGGAUCAUGGGUGAACUUGACCGUGAUGAUAACUGCAAAUCACAGGGGCUAUUUUAAUUUCAAUAUUUGCCCACUCGAGGAUGGUCCUGAAGUAAUUGAGACGGAAGAUUGUUUCGAGAUGUAUCCUCUCAUUUUGGACGAAGGUUCUUACGACUACACCCUCGCCAACUCGGCUAUCGGCAGCUACACGGCAACCGUCAAGUUACCAGACUCAUUAGUUUGCGAACACUGCGUGCUGAGAUGGCACUGGAGGGCGGGCAACAACUGGGGAUUGUGCACUACCGACGACGGAUUCGGGCAGACCGGAUCUCUUGGUUGCGGACCCCAGGAGACCUUCAGAACGUGUUCCGACAUAUCUAUCCUAUAACACGUCGCUUUACGUUUGUACACCCGCAUCUUUUUCACCGUGGUAUACAUUUGCGUACGCGAACAUUAUACCGAUUUCCGUACACUGUGAAAACAAGACAGGUAAGAGUUUGUCUUGCACAUCGAUCGUCGUAAGUCAUCCCCAUUCCGUGAGCAGGAAAAUAUACAAGAAGACGUUACGUUGCUUGUUGGCGGGCGAUCUUGGUUUGGAUUGCAGAAAUUCUCCAGCGGUGUAAUGAAAUGGCAUAUGUUCGCAAGUUUCAUCGUACGCAAGAAAUUAGAAAGAGACGGAAGGCACGUGCGAGCAUGUGUCUUUCCAAUAUCUGCUGCUCAUGCACGUUUCAUGUCUCAUCAUUAGUAAUAAUUUUGAUUGUAAGAUUGUAAAAUUGGAAUACAUUUUCAUUAUCAAUCCAGUGAAAUAUAAAUAAACAGAUAAAACUGAACCGGUCAGUGCCGCAGUACACUGAUUAUUAAUUAAUCAAACAUCGAUGUAUAUCUACGUAUAAUAAUGAUACGUGUGUACAUCGCGAGGUCCAAUUCAGCGAGACGAGGAAAUUAUAGUAACACCGUACGGGUAUACAUCAGUAUUGUAUACUAUAUAGGUACACACAAAUGGGUUAAAUGUAUCAUAACUCUGUGCGUGUGUUAUAAAUAUACCAGUAUCGAACGGUAAAAACUCUUCCUUCUUCUCUUCUCUUCAACGUACUGUACCUCGAGCUCUUGCCUCUCACCGGAUCGAAAGAUACACUACGGAUAGGAGAGAGCGGUAUACAGGGUAAAGGGGUAGCGGCGACGAUAUGUUGUCGCUGUAGUAGGUAUAUCGAAGGUGGACUGUAGGUGUAUAGCGUGUAAUAGAGAGCCAGGAAAGAAGGCGAGGCGAGGCGCGGUGUGCCGAGGCGCGAUGGAGAUUCUCCGUUCACCGUUCGCCGUUCACCGUUCACCGUUCAACGUUCACCGGGCCGACAAGUCUCUAGAAGUACGUAGCAGCCUUCCGUGGCAGAGAAGGCUCCUGCGGUUACCGCCUGGCCAACCAUACGCGUUUCUACGAUCGGAGCGUAGAAAAAAAUAAGUUUCGACGAAUUAGAACCACAGUAUUGUACGCGCGGUAGUUGGUUGUACGCGUUUUCCUCAAAGGAAAAAAAAAAAAAUAUACUCAAGGUGGGGCGCGGGUCCUCACACGGGGAACAAAGAGAUUCUUUCCUGCAAGAGUCUU